AUGAGCAGAAUGACAGAGCCAGCUCAGUCUAUGAGCAAUCAAGCUUUGCCUCAUCCCUUGACUGACGAGAUCCUUCGGGAGGUUCUUCAGGAGCUCCCGACGGGGGCACGACUUGCGACAGAGACAUGUCUGAGCUGCUGGAAGGAGAAUAAGUUUCCAACGGCAGAAUUCAUUUCAUUCCUCCAGAGCAUAGCCGCACAUAGCAGCAUCCUGAACAAACUUUUCAACGAAGGUGGAGGACAGCCUGAGGGUUCAUCAGCAGAUCAGAGCAGUGAUGGUAGGAUUGGGCAAGAGAAUGAUUUGCAGGAGGGGAUGGAGGACAUGGACGUCGAACCUCUACCACCCACUCAUGAGCUUUGUGAUGAGAAGGAGACUGAAACAGACCUUAUUCAACAUCAAAAGAGGCUGCAAGAAAUCAAGAGGCGCCAACUUGAGUGCAUUGAUGGAAAGAACUCAAAGAAGAUAUGCAACUACUUGCAAGUGGUGCUCUACGAGUUCGUUCGUCGUCUGCCCAUUUCUGCAUAUCGUCAAUUCAUUUACAGCGUGAGGCAGUACGUCGAGAACAAACUUUCAGCCGAGGGAUUCGGAGAAGUGAUUAAGACUUUUGUAGAUCAGCACAAGGCACAGAACAGAGACAUGACUGGAUCCGAUGGGAUGACCGUUUAUGGCAAUCAGAAUGCAAGCAAGGUUUUGGAGACCUUGGCGGCACACAAAGCAAAGAAAAAAGUUCUCUCACAAACAAAUGCAAUAGAUGGUGUUGGAUCAACAACUACACCACGUUCGAAUGUGAUGCCUGAUAGCUUACAGAUGGAUGAAAAAGAUUUGAGCGACGAGGACUUGACAAUUCUGAGUAGACAGUUGGGCAGGCAGCUCGGUCCCUUCUCGCAGUACACGACUGCUGAGUACUUAAUGGACACGCCGUUAGGAUCUUUUCUAACGCAAAAAGCGCGAGCCAUCUGCUCCCGUCCCAUCCUGAUCAAAGUUGUUGCGGAUGUCCUGCGGCAGCGAAACCUGCGGACGAACAAAGGCGACGUGGAGCGGCAGUCAGGACUGCCAUUUCGAUGUAAGGCGAUCUUUGCCUUCCAGCUCGUGGAUUCAGGCCCCCACAUGGUCUUGUGCUUCGGGAUGUACGUCCACGAGUACGGGCCGGGUUGUGCUCCAGAGCAUUCGGGGAGAAUAUACAUCGAGGUGAAAUCAGUUUCCUUGUCUCUCAACGAGCUGGUUCUCGCGCUGCAGGCAUUGCUCUCUGCGAUAGUCUUGGGAUAUUUCGAUUAUGUCCGCAACAUGGGCUUCCAGUACGCGCACAUGCGUGUUCCUCCUCCCACCGAAGAGAACAGGUAUCAUCGCCUUCUACAAAGUGCCAUGCAAGCACGGAUCAUCGCGUCAUUCGAAGCUGGACAGGCGGGUCAGAUGAGUAACUUUCCGCUCUCUCUCUUGGACCCUGCGGAGAUGGCGGCAGAGAUCGCUUUUCAGAAUGCUGACUUGCGGGCUCUGGACCAGCAGACGGCAAAGCUGAUGGAGGCGAGUAGAGUGCAGCAGCUGCAGGAGAGGUUCUUCCUCAUCCACCUGCUCCCUGCUGGGGCGAAGGUCAACCGCUCUCCCGACAUUGCUCCUCUCCUUGCCAGCUCAGUCGCGUCCGAUCGCCACGAGUUUGUUUCGAUCUGUGUGAAUCAGCGCCUUCGUUUCGCCUCCCUCCAGCAGGCCAAGUACGCGACGAUCAUGCUAGUGCAUCGCAUCAUGGCCGAGCAAUGCAAGUCGGCACAGGAGCUGGAGGACGAGCAGAACCAUCUCGUUGACUAUCCUGCGCAUCAGGCUGGUGGUCAAGUGCAAAAUUCAGGACCACAGGGUGCAGUCAACAGGACCAAUGCAUCUAUGCCGUCAAACAUGUUCCGAGCGCUUCCAAGUCAGGAGAGAAAAUUCUUCGGGGCAAGCAUGCCUCCUGCGCGGCAGGCUGGGUACUAUGAGAGUAUGGAUGGAUUCCCCAACGAAGCUGGACGGAUGGGAGGCAUGUACGUUGAACCUGGUGGCGUCUUCCCUGCUGGGCAGAUGGGAGAGAUGUACAUGGAUGCAUCCAUGCGAAGAGCCUAUCCCCCGCAGAAGCUCGCGGCAUGGAGCGGUCAAAUGGGAGGCGGGCAGUUCUCGCCUGGUCCGAUGGACGGUGGGCAGAUGAUGAGGGGAGGAGAGGGCUGGAUGGGGAGGCAGCGCGAAGUGCAUCAGGGUUUCCUGCAGGGCAUGAAGUUGGACAUGCGGAGGUACCAGCAGUUGCUCAGCAGGCGGGGAUACAACAGGAACGGAUACAACAGGAGAGGAUACAACAAGAGAGGAUACAACAGGAGAGGAUACAACAGGAGAGGAUACAACAGGAGAGGAUACAACAAGAGAGGAUACAACAAGAGAGGAUACAACAAGAGAGGAUACAACAAGAGAGGAUACAAGACGGGGCUAGAGGAGGACGAGGAGGUUGGGCUCAUCGUCCUCCCAGCGAACAGGGCGGAAGUUCGCGGGAUGGCACGUGGAGGGACCCCAGCAGGAUCUCUGGAGGAGGGGAGAUGGUGGGAGCAGGGAGAGCAACAGGGCCUGGGUCAACCCCGAUGUCCGAGAGGCCACGGGGAGGGGCAGUUGGAGGCAGGGCUGAGCACCAAUGCGCAGAAGUUUGCGGACAGCUUCAUGGUCGACCUAGGAGGGAGCGAGAGCGACGGAGGGAUGCGAGGGACGCUGCUGCUGCCGGAGGACGUGGGGACGUUUGUGCCCCCAGCCAGCGACACUCAGUCGCAGGACCUCGGGGACGAAGACUGGCUGGAUGAAGACGCGAGCUCAGUCGGAGGGCUGCUGGUGUCCAACAACAGCGACGGGGAGGAGCUGGGAAAUUGGUAUUAA